GUUUUUCCCUUUUGUAAUGAGCUUACUUUCCUUUUUCCUCAUUCGCGGAUCAUUAAAUCCUGUUCAUGUGCUUGUUUGUUACUAUAUUUUUUGUGGUUACUGUGCUGAGGUGUUCUUGUUCUGCAUUUUGACAUAUAAUGUUAUUGUUAUAGAAAAGGCGAAAAUCGUGUGCGUGUAUGACAUGCCUUUUUAAAAAAAUUGAAAUAUCAUUACGAGAUUAUCUUCAUCAUUCAUAUGCAAAAGAAAUUUAUUCAACUAUUGCAUAUUGCAUUAGCAAAUGGCAUUUAUAUAGAAGUGAUUGUCGAUAGAGUUGUACAUUGACUCUGGAAAACUACCCUAGAAAUGGAUCUGAAACACUAAUUCACAUCAGUGCAUUCAGUGCCAAUGAUAAUGAUUUAAAUAUCAGAUUUGUGCAGUUGACUCCGGGAAGCACUUUCAAAUUGCAUCUCCUUUUUGCCAUUUCGUCUAUUAGACUGAGAUUAUCACUUUCUUUUAAGGAAUUUGGUUGUUUAUGGGGGAUAAUUUCGUAGAUUUUCAGUAGGGCGUGGAGGUCGCGGAUUAGGGUAAAACGUUAAUAGGUAGUGGAGUGUUGGCUUGCUUUUCGAUGGGUUUAGGUUUGAUGUUGUUUGUCGUAGUAUUAGCCUGAUUUUGGUAGUUUCUUUCUUUUGAUUUCUAUCAUCAUAUGUUGUUUAUGGUGUUUCGUUAUUACUAUUUUGUUGUUAUCACUAUUUCCUUAUUAGUUGUUAUAUUUUCUUCACUGUCAUUUUUCCUUUUCAUACCUACUUUGAUUUGUUGUACUCGAGUCGAGGAUCCUCCGGGAAUAGCCUUUCUACUUCCACGAGGUAGGGGUAAGAUAUUUGAUUGUAUAGAUGUAGUUGAGAGAAGAAGUGAAUAACAUUUUGGAUUAAUUAGACUGCACCCGAAGAUAUCCUGAAAGACAAUGGAUCACAAAUCAUGGCCUUGGAAGAAAAAAUCCACAGAAAAAAACAUGGCUGCUGAAGACCAAGCAAAUCUCUCUUUGAGAAGAAAUGACGAAGAGACACAAUCUAGUGAUAAAGCCGAACUAGAAAGAGAGCUGAAGGUUGUGAAUGACAAACUUUCUUCUGCUCUGGUGGAAUGUCGUGCUAAAGAUGAUUUUGCACAGAAACAGAUGAAAAUUGCACAGGAAGCGAUUGCAGGCUGGGAGAAGACUGAAACUGAAGCAAGAUUGCUAAAGCAAGAACUAGAAAAAGCUCUACAGCAGAGCAUAGCUGGUGAAGAGAGAUUAGUUAACUUGGAUGCAGCACUCAAGGAAUGUAUGCAGCAGUUGCGUUUCAUUCGAGAUGAGCAGGAGAACAGGAUUCUUGAUGCAGUAUUAAACGCAUCGAAAGAAUUUGAAAAAACAAGGACUCUCUUAGAGAAAAAGUUAGCAGAUGCUGGGCAGAAGUUGUCACGAUUAGGUUCCGAGAACACUCAGCUUAGUAUGGCUCUCAUGGCAAAGGAGAAGGCAAUAGGUCAUUUAAAAGGACAAAUAUCUCGGGCAGAAGCAGAUUUCAGUGCCUUGAAGAUGCGGGUGGAAUCUGUAGAAAAAGAUAAUGCUUCUCUGCGGUAUGAGGUACGGGUCCUUGAGAAGGAACUUGAGAUCCGAAAUGAGGAGAGAGAAUUUAAUUGCCGAACAGCUGAUAUAGCACACAAGCAACAUCUGGAGAGUGUGAAGAAAAUUGCACAACUGGAUUCAGAAUGUCAAAGGCUACGCAUCCUAGUUAGAAAGAGGUUGCCAGGCCCUGCCGCCUUGGCCAAAAUGAAAAAUGAAGUUGAGAUGCUGGGGAAGGAUCGUGCUAAAAUGAGGAGAAGGAAGUCAAAUCCGUCUCCAAAUGGUUCAGUAGAUUUAACUUCAGAGAUGGCUCCUGAUACUCCGAACAGAAAUAUUAACUUCCUCUCGGAGCAAUUAUGCAUGCUGGAAGAGGAAAAUAGGACUCUGAAGGAAGCCCUUAACAAAAGAGCUAAUGAACUCAAACUUUCUAAGAUGACAAAUGCUCAAACAACUGCCGAACUAGAAAAAUAUCUUCCCUCUGCGCAGGAACUAUCUGUGACAUCACUGUCUGAUAUGGGCAGUGAUGACAUAUGUGGCUGUUCCGAGUCUUGGGCUUCUGCACUAAUGUCAGAGCUGGAGCAUUUCAAAAAUGAGAAACAAAUAGGUCCACCUUCAUCUAUAAGUGUAGGAGCUUCAGAUAUAAAUCUGAUGGAUGACUUUGCAGAGAUGGAAAAAUUAGCCGUUGAGUCUACAGUUAACCCUCUGGGAGCUGUUCAUCAUACCUUACCGAGGGAAAAUGGAAAUGGGAGUGUGUUGGAGUCUCAGUUAUGUUCUCAGUCAUCAGAAGCAGAUAGUAAAGAGAGAGUUCCUGUGACGGAUCGUUAUGUUUCCAGCAAUGAUAACCAGUCAAAAGCAAUAUUGACAGAUAAAGCUUCUGGUGGAGUUGAUAACAUACUGAAAAUGCUCUUGGAGCAUGGCCAGGUAACCCAAAGAAACCCAUAUGAAAUACUGGAAGAUAUCGGAACUGCUCUGGCACAAAAGUAUCCCUCAAGUAAGAACCCCGUGGGAGCAAAUGAAAGUGCAAUAGAUACUGAAGUUACGUGUUCUCCCAACAAUGGCGAGUGUAAGGAGAUACGUACAGGAACUGGUGGUAAUGUCUCAUCAGAAAGAAAAUGUGAACCAGAAAUGUUGUCAUUUAUGGGUAAAUCGAUUAAUAAGGUUAUUGAUAUCAUAGAAGGAAUCAAUACACCCUUAACAGAUGAUAUUAUUCCAGAUAUCUUAUCUCACAAUGGUAAUGGACUUCUACCAUAUGAAAGUGCAUCGAAGGAGACAGCCUACAUGGUUCGUGUUUUCCAGUGGAAAUCUUCAGAACUCUCUGCUACUCUUCAAGAAUUUGUCCAAACUUGUCGUGAUUUAUUGAAUGGAAAGGUUCACAUUGAGAGGUUUACUGAAAGAUUAACUUGGACCCUGGAAUGGAUUGUGAACCACUGUUUUUCCCUGCAAGAUGUUUCAAGCAUGAAGGAUAUUAUAAGAAACCAUUUUGACUGUGAUAAUUCGCGAAGUAGUAUUGAAAUGGAAACUGGCAUGAUUAAUCCUAUCUUUGAAUUUGAUAAACAUCAGACUGAAAGAGGAAACUCAUUUUACUCUCCUGUUUUUUCCUCACUCGGUCGGAUGAGUUCUUUGCCAGAGAAAGAAGUUCUACCAUCUGUAGAUAAUGAAAGUCAAUUAUCGAAAGAUGAGUUUCUGGAAGAGGGACCUACAAAGGUGGAUUUGGAAGGCAAACUGCAAGCAGAAACUCUCCGUAGCGAUUCCUUGAUGGUUCAACUUCAGGAAUCAGAGAAAACAAUCAAAAGCCUGGAAAAAGAAGUAGAAAAUCUCAGACAGUCAAAGGGGAUGAUUGAGGAUCAAAUUGAGAAAGAAAAGAUGGUGAAAGAAGACUUUGAGAUGCAAUUCGAAGCAGCUAAACUGGAACUGAAUGAAGCUUAUCGAAAGGCUUGCUGUUUAGAGAAGGAACUAGAGGACCAAAAUAAGUCCUAUAAGAAGCUUGAUUCUACAUGCCAUAUGCUUCACUUGCAGCAAGAAAGCAUGGAAAAAAUGGAGUUAUCAGAGAAUGCUGAGGUGGACCCUGAAGAAAAGCUUCUUCAAAGUGAUCGGGAGAUCACUGCAGCUUCAGAAAAGUUGGCUGAGUGUCAAGAGACUAUUCUGAACCUAGGAAAGCAGUUGAAGGCAUUGGCCUCACCUGGGGAUGCAGCUCUCUUUGAUAAGGUGAUAUCUACAACUUCAGAAACAACUAGUGGUACCAUGACAACCCCAAAGAAGAGUUUUGGACGCCGUUCAUCUCUACUUGACAAGAUGCUGGCUGAGGACGAUGAAAUGGGGUCUCCUACUACCAAGGAAGUCAUUCUGGAUGCCAAGAUAAAUACUUUUUCAAGUGUUGACGGAUCAAUGAGACAACCAGAAAAGUCUCCAUUGAUAAAUGGGAGUACGCAUUCUGGAUAUGAAGCUGUUACUGGCUCCCUGCCUAUCAUACCUAGCAAGAAAAGAAACGUUCUUGGAUUGUGGAGGAAGUUGUUGCGAAAAGGUAAGAAAAAUAGUAGCAAGACGAAACUUAAGGUAUGACCUGCAUGGAUGCCAUUCGAAGCUGCAGGCUUGUUGUUUCUAGUGAUGUUUAUGCUUUAAUUCAUGGCUUGGUUGGCGCAGAGAGCAAUGUUUUCUUUUCCCCACUUUGCGUCUCCCUACCUUCUGUCCUCUCUUUUGUUCCACUUUUGUAUUGUAUGUGGUAUUGUAUAUGAAACUAGAACCACUCAUUAACCUCAAUGGUAUAGUGUUUCUAUUGCAAAAAAUGAUACUAGGGAUGAACCAUAUUUGACCCA